AGAUGGGCGGCCUCCGGAGGCCUAGAGGGGCACUGGGUGCGCGCGCUGCCUUCCGCAUCAAGUUUGAGCGGCCCCUUCUCGGGGUGUGGAGAGGAAGAGCGUUGGUUCCAGCGCGUUCUGCGUGCCAGGUCUGCCUGGUGCCGGCUUCCUCGCUUUCCCUGGCGGCUCGUCAGCACUCCCUCCCCUGAACUCAGUCCCACUGGCAGCUCGCCCCUAACCCGGAGCUCCGGCGUCUGGGCUUCGCAGAAGCCCCCCGAGGUGGCUGCGCGGCCUUCUAGAGCCUGAUCCAGCCCCUUGCCCACCGAGGCAUGAUCCUCUUUUCUGUCCUAGAGAACUUGGCCUAAUAGCCUCCUUCGCCUGGUACUGACGUUUCUAAUGUUUGGGGUCUCCUGCUUCCCUGGAUAGAGAUCCCGGUUGGGUCUCCGGUCAGCAUCACCCACUGAACACUAUUUUCCUCUUAAUCCCUGUCCCUUCUUCCCUCCAUAGGCACCUUUUUUGGGUCAAUGCCAUGGUCCCUAUAAGCGCUUUGUUAGGUUUAGAUCUGUUUAGACCCAACACUGCAGGGACAGGUUUCGUCUUGGAUCCCUCAGUCCGCUUCGUGUGAAUGGGCUCAGGGACGCUCUUCUGCUGAGCAGGCAGAUGGAGGAUUGUCCUGAGGACCAGGCAGAACAAUUCACGAGGAUCUUGGGGCGAUCAGCCGGAAGGGGGCCUGAUGGAGUCUCCUGCCAGUGCUGGAAAUGAGACCGGGAAGGCCGUAGGCCGCUGUGGGUGAUGCAGGACAGAGACCAUUGCACUUAUGGCUCUUCUUCUCUUAGCUUCUAAGGUUCUUGCUUUUCCAAACCCAGAAGACAGUGCACGGAGCCAGGGGACAUCAGCCAUGCUCCAAACAUCUUGGCCUCAGGAGUCAGUGACCUUUGAGGACGUGGCCGUGUACUUCACCCAGAACCAAUGGGCGAGCUUGGACCCUGCACAGAGGGCCCUGUACGGGGAGGUGAUGCUGGAGAAUUAUGCAAAUAUGGCUUCUCUGGCAUUUCCAUUCCCCAAACCUGUUCUGAUCUCCCAGCUGGAGAGAGGGGAAGCACCAUGGGGCCCAGAUCCCUGGGAAGCGGAGGUUUUGAGAGGUAUCCAUCCAGGUGGUGAGUCCUGGAUCAAGAAGGAAGAGCCAGCUGUAAAGCAGGAAGCCUCUGAAGAAGCAGAGGUGCACAGAAUGCCAGUAGGAGGACUUCUCAGAAACGUUGCUCAGCACUUUGAUUUUAAAAGCAAGGCAACAUGGCAGACUUUCAGUCUGAAUCCGAAUCUGAUACUUCGAGGUGGAAUGAAGUUCUAUGAAUGUAAAGAAUGUGGAAAAAUCUUCAGAUAUAACUCAAAGCUUAUUCGGCAUCAGAUGAGUCAUACUGGAGAAAAGCCCUUCAAAUGUAAGGAAUGCGGCAAAGCUUUCAAGUCCAGCUACGACUGUAUUGUCCACGAGAAGAAUCACAUUGGAGAAGGGCCUUAUGAGUGUAAGGAGUGCGGCAAAGGUUUGAGUUCCAACACGGCCUUGACUCAGCAUCAAAGGAUCCACACUGGAGAGAAACCCUAUGAGUGUAAGGAGUGUGGAAAGGCUUUCCGUAGGAGUGCAGCAUAUCUUCAGCAUCAGAGACUACACACUGGAGAGAAACUCUAUAAAUGCCAGAAAUCAGAAGAACUUGCUUUGGGAACUCUGGUGAAGUCAAGAGAAAAGACCAAUGAUACUGGCAUCUCAGAUUCCUGAAUGAAAUGGCUCCACGGAGAACUUCCAACUAUGUAUGUAGACCUCCUAGCCAGCUUUUUACUGCUUCGUUCUUACACAUAAACUGAUAGCCAAGAAUAUGAAAAUGGCUGAAGCAAGGCAACAGGAAGGCCCAGGUGAAGCAGACUACGCAGGGAGAAGAAAACUUAUCCUAAGGUUAGGGAAGAUGUUUGCAUCCCUGAAACAAUAGGUUGCUAUAAAAAAGGAAAAUUCAGAGAACAAAAAAUAACUCUGGAAAACUAAAAGUUGUUAUCUGAAAUGAGACAAUCAAUGUAAGCAUUGGAAAAUAAAGUCAAGGGAAUCACCCCGAAAGUAUAACAAAAAGAGGUCAAAGUAGCAAAAAAAGGUGACCUAACAGUUAAAUAGGCAUUUUGAGAGAGAAGAAUGGAGAAGUUGGAGAGAAAGAAAUCGUAAAUAAUUCAGGGAGAUUUCCCAGAGUUGAAGCCUGGGGCUCCAAGCCUUCAUCAGCGGUGUUGAGGUGUUGAGGGAGCCGCAAGCACUCCCCGGCCUCAGGCCUCCCUUCCUCUGCUGGCGGGAAUGAAGGGAGGGACUCCAGACCCAUACCUCUCCUACGGUCCUCCAAUCUCAGCCUUCCUACCAUUAGCAGUCUGGAGACUAUCGGAACUUUCUCAGCGUGCACUUUGUUUAAUUCAGUCCCCACAAAGAGCCCUGAACUCCCAGGAUAAUCCCCAGCUCCUGCAAGUUUAAUCCUUUAUGUCUGUACAUUUCACUUUCUGUCUCUUCAGCUCCUGAUAACUUCAUUCUGCCCGCUGAAGCUAACAAUCCAUUGGUAGCAAAGUUCCCCGUGUGCCGAACAUCUUUGAACCUUACCUCCUCCUUCUAAUCAAAACCUGCCUGUCCUGUGACGAUACUGCUUCCCCAGCACCCUCUGAAAAGGUGGUUAUUUUUCUUCUGCAUUCCUAACAUCAGAUAUCCUGGAUCCUCUUUGUUUCUCUUUGCCAGUUCCAGAUCGUUCUUCACCCCUCCUCUUUACUGAAAACCUCCACCUCUGAAUCACAUGUCAUCAGGCAGUGCUGCUGGGCCUCUGGGUCACACUCCCUCAUUCCUUGAAGAUUUUAGCUUCUGCCCUACUGUCACUCUCUUCAACAUUAUUCUUGUCUUAAUUCUUGGUGAUUUCAGUAGAUGAUCCUUCCAAUACCUCACCCUAUCAUUUCCUUUCUUAUCCUUUGUGUUACCUCAACCGCCCCUUUGAUGACAUCCUAGACCUUGUAUCCCCUCUGUAAUCUCAGCACUUUAAAUAUCUUGCUCUAUUACCUAUAUUUCCAAUUUAUUCCCUUUAGAAUCCUCAUGCUAAUAAUCCUUCAACUUCCAUUGUUCCUCCUUUUUCACUGCCCUUCACUUCCCUGUCCUCCAGCUCGGUUAUGCUUGUCCUUUCUUUUUCACUCAAAUCUGCAGUCAAUUAUUAUAACAAUUCCUUUAUAAUCGCCCUUAACUCCCUUCUCCUUCUCUCGCUUUGUCACACUCACAUGGCAAAAGCCUACCUCUGAGUAAAUACAAUUCUUUGCCUUCUCUGUGCCUGCACCUGUGCUACAAAAGUCAUCAGGAAAAAACACACUGCCAUGCUGAAUCGACUGACUUUCAAUUCAUGACCAGUGACUUCAGGUAGGCUCUUAAUGCUUCCUGACAGUUGUACUACAAUUCUGGGGUCCACUUCACUCUCCUACUUUCCUAGACCACUACUCUUUACCUUCUUAAAACUCUUCUUGAGCCUCCGACACCCCCUCCUCAGUCUUCAUGCUCAGCUGAUGAUUGUUUCUGCCCCCUGCCGGCAGAACAGCAAGCUCCAGAGAGCGACUGUGCCCUCAGCCCAGGUGCCAGAAUGAGAAGACACAAGGAGCUGUGUUGGGCCCAGAAUUGCUGUGGGCACCUGUCUUGCCUAUCUGCUUUUCAGCUUGCAAUAUCGGAUCUUCCAUCACCAUAUUCUCAAUCACUUCCACUAAGGCAGUUCCACCUUUUUAAGAUUCUAUCACAUUCAGUAACACACUUCUGCUUCCUAAUUCUGUGUCAGCCAGUGUUUAGUUGCAGACGACAGAACUCACUUUAACUAGUUUAAGCAGAAAGGCAUUUGCUACAUACUAUUAGCUUACAAAACUUCCACAGGGGAACCAAGUCGGGAUGCCACAGGCAGAAGCCAAGAAAAAUGACCAAUGACAGUACCAAAUCAUUCCAGUGGAAACCCAGCAGCUGCUGGUGCCUGCUGAUGGACUGCCACGCCCAUUGAAGAGAGGGACUGGACCACUAGGAGGUGUGCUACGUAUUGUGGAGAAAAAGCAAAUACCCCCACAACCAUUUUGGUAGGAGACUGUAGGGUCUCAUGAUCUUUACUUCCAUCUUCUGCAAGGGUAUACCUGCUCAGUGGAAGUAGGUUAUGUGUGUACAUCUAAGUAACAAGGGCUUUUGGGAAAUCUUUUUUGGAUUCGACCUGGGAAAGUAAGAUUUAUAAUGUGGAGAAGUCCUAAAAUGGGGAAAGGAUUUUCAAAAUAUUUUGGGCAGCUAUAAAGUAUCAGUUAUCCAUUGCAGGCAUGAAAGAUGGCCUAAAUGACAGAAGGAUACACUAUGUUCAUGGGUAGGGAAGAGCAAUAUCCUCAAGAAUUCAAAUUUUGCCAAAUCAAUUUAUAAAUUAAAAGUAAUUCCAGGGGCUGGCUGGUGGUGCAAGCGGUUAAGUGCGCGCGCUCCAAUGCCGCGGCCUGGGGUUCGCUGGUUCGGAUCCUGGGCGCGCACCGAUGCACUGCUUGGCAAGCCAUGCUGUGGCGGCGUCCCAUAUAAAGUGAAGGAAGAUGGGUACGGAUGUUAGCCCAGGGCCAGUCUUCCUCAGCAAAGAAAGAGGAGGAUUGUUAGCACAGGGCUGAUCUCCUCACA